AUGUUUUCGGCCGGAAGUUCUUUCUUGGUGUUAUUUGCAAUUGACAGGCUCUUCACGUUCCAAUGUCCCACUCAUAUACAUGCAGAUAGCGAGAAUUUCAAGGAGCAGCUGCCUGUUAGUAAUCCUCGAAAGCAAGACCCAUUCACUUCAAGUGGAUUAAGAUCCAAAACAAGCGCCAUGUCCAUGAUACUUGCGCUGUCUCUGCAUUCGUUUUUGGAAGGCCUUGGUCUUGGGCCCAUUAAGAUGCAAACAGAGCUAUUUUCCUAUACCGUUGGAUUAUUUUCUCAUAAAUGGCUCGAGGCAUUUGCCCUCGGCGUUAACGUUCUUAAUGCAAACUUUUCGCUGACAACGGCAAUUUUCUUGAAUUUUUUUUAUGCCCUGCUAACACCACUAGGUAUCCUCAUUGGAAUGGCCCUAGUAAAUGGUGCCUUUUCCUCCUUCUCAACGAUAAUGAUAAGCUGUGUCAUAAAUGGCCUCUCCAUCGGCUCGUUUUUGUUUGUAUGCUGUAUUGAAAUGAUUCCUCCCGAAUUUACUGUAAUUGAUAGACAUAUUUAUCCGAAAUAUUCGCUGGUUUGCCUUGGCUUUUUAAUGAUGUCCUUGGUUGCCUUCUUUGAGUAA